AUGUUCAGCUGUUCACACAUCUCUUGUUUCUUCUCCGCUGGCGGGAUAGCGAGAUUAGACGGAUUCAUAUAUUGCGAAGAGGAACGUAACUCUAACCUCUUUCUCCUUUUUUUUUUUUUUUUGGCGGGGGUGGGGGAGUUGCUCCUUCCUCUUUCGGUGCCUUUCAUUUUCUUUUCUGCUUUCUCACUAUUUCUCUGUCUCUCUUACUCCACUUUUCUCUCUCUUUCUCUCUCUAUCUUUAUCUAUCUCUGUCUCUAUGUCUAUCAUUUUCUCGCUUUCUCUCUGACUCUCUUUCUUAAUCUAUCGCUGUUUCUCUUGCUUUUACUCUCUCUCUCUCACUCUCUUUCUCCUUCUCGUUUUCUUUUUUCCUCUCUGUUUCGUAUAAUUUUAACUCUUUUUAUUGAUUAUUCAUCAAUCUAUCGAUCAUUAGUUACCCCUUCCUCUGUAACCUUUCCUUUUUCUUUCUCUCUAUCUUUUUUUUUUUUUUUCUCAGUUUCUCUCAUUCUGUCUCUUUUCAUCCGGGCAAUUCUCUCUCACACAUUCUUUCUCUCUUUAUCUGUCUCGCCUUUCUCUCUUUUACUCUCCCUAUCAUUAUAUCUCUUUCUAUAUCUCUAUCAUUCUCUCACUCAUUUUCUCGAUUUCUCUUUCACUUGA